AUGGACUUCAAUGGACGUAGUGUCUCCGAGAUGAACGCUUUUUUCUCAGGACAAUACUGGAACCCUUCCUGCAGCUUGGAUAUGAACAGCAAUGAUGAUUACGCACUGGACACCAGCAAAGCUCAUCACAGGACGCGCUCUGACCCCAGUCGUCGCCGGAAGCGCACGACUUUCAGCAGGGCGCAGCUGAGCGAGCUGGAGAGGGCCUUCUCUGUCACACAGUACCCGGACAUUAAAAUGAAGGAAUCUCUUGCCUCAAUAACUGGGCUACCAGAGUCCAAAAUUCAGGUCUGGUUUCAAAAUCGACGCGCUCGCCAUUUCAAGAGCAAAAAACCGAACAAGGAGGUCCCCAAACCCUCCACAGACUACCCUCAUCCACACUUCUACAGUACCAUUCCCAGUCCUCCUUACCCCCAGUUGGUGCCUUGCUUCUCUCCUACAGCCAGUUUACCAUCACCACCAGGCUACCCUGCUCCAAGUUUACCCGAGUCUAGCAGGCUCUCAACCAUCCUGGAGAAUCAGGCAAUGUCCCUGCCUGCACCCAAGCCUUCAUCCCCAGUCUGUGCCGGCCAAGCUACAGCCUUCUCCCCGCUUUGUGUCACAGGAUUACCGCAAGAACAUUACAACCAAACCCCUGCCUUUAAUCACUGCCAUGAUGUGUUCACGGAAAGUGAACUCACUUCUUGGGCUCUGACGGAGGACUUUGAGGCUUUUCUUAGAGACGCACGGUUUGAACGUUAUCCAGUCAGACAGUCUGGGCCAAAGCAGAGUUUCCAGAGUCACCUGGAGCACCAAAGCGUCUCCAGUAAAAACGACGAGUCCAUGGAUGACCUAUCCGAUCUGUGCUUUCAGGACCUGGGCGACUUCAACUUUUUGAGUUCGGACAUUUCUGCGGCUAUGAUCGACUAUCUUCUGGGUUGAUCGAAAAAAGAGAAAACCGUUUUUUGGACAAGGUUUAGACAUUGUAAAAAAAAAAAAAAAAAAAAGCUUUAGCUAUUAGCCUAUUUAUUUAUUAUUGAGCAGAAUGC